CGUGGCUCAAACAGUCGUUCAGGCGACGCGCCUAAUGAUAUAAUUCUUUCGGCCGCCAUUGAUAUCACAAAAUAAUAUUUUCAUUUCUGUUAUUGAUGAUUUACUUAUAGGGUAGUGUUUUUUAUUUUAUCGGUAUUCGAGUUCUAAGUAAAUUUUUUUUCUAAUGCGUUAGGUGCUUAUUCUCCAAAAUCACCAUUUAUUCAACUGUAAGUACUGAGUACAUGAUAUUAUAAUGGCUGAACGUUUAGAAGAUUUAAACUUGCCCGUAACGGCAAUCACGCGUAUUGCCAAGGAAGUACUGCCUUCCAACACAAUCGUUUCAAAAGAAGCAAAAACUGCAUUAGCCCGAGCAGCAUCCGUGUUCAUAUUGUACGUGAGCAAUCAGGCAACCACAAUAGCCACCAGCAGGAAUAAGAAAACAAUCAGCGCUCAGGACGUGUUUGAAGCCCUAUCCCAAGUCGAUUUCGAAUGUCUAAUUGAACCGUUACAGCAACUGUUGGAAGGUAUGACCGUAGCGCGAUAUUAGAUUGUUACAAUUUUGUAGUAUGUGCAUGUGAUAAACACAUACUGCAUCAUAACGUUUUAUUAUUAAAUUUUAUAGAACCAUAGCAAAAAUUCAAACUAAAAUUUUCAAGUAUGAAUUAUUAUUUUGGUAUUAAAUACCGAAAAAUCUUUCUAUGGAAAUGUUGGUAGUAAAUGUUGUUUUCAGACAAGUAGUCAAGGUGGGUGGUCCAUAAACAUUUAUAACUAAUGGAGUUUUACAUUACAAUUAUAACACAGUGGUGUCCCGGACUAUUUUUAUUAUUAUUAAAAAGGUAAAUUAUUAAUUACUGUUUGCAAUCUGAUGAUCUACUUUUAUAUAAAUUUUUUUUUGGUGAUAAUUUAAACUAAAAAAAUAAAAUAAAAAUACAUGCCAAUUGCAUUAUUUACAUAAAAUCUGUGCUCGUAAACUGGACGUUUUUUGAUUUGUGUGAAAUAAGGUUCUAUAAUAUUGUUUUAUCUGUAAAACUAAAAUGUAAUGACACGCCUACGAAAUAUUUUGAUUUUGGUCCACCUUAAGAUACAGACAUAUUGUUUAAUAUCAAUUAUUAUUUUUCUAUAGACUUUAAAUCAACAAAACAACAAAAGAAAGAUACCACUAAAAAGUCAACACCAAACAAGAAUACAGAUGAUGAUGUAAUCGAUCUAGUAGAUGAUGAUAUGGAAUUAUGAUUUUUAUAAUAUUUAAUUUUAUAAAUUAUGUAAUUAUUAAACCAAUAAAAAAAUAUAUGUAUUUAAGUUCGUUUUAACAUUACUUCAUGUAUGAAUUAUAAUACAAGUAUAAAUAUUAAAAUUUAAUGAAAACUAAAUUGCUACUAAAUAAUUUUUUGAGUAUAAAAAAAUAGUAUAUAUUAAAGAAUAUUUAAAGCUAAUAUAUUAAUAUACCCAUUAUAAUAAAACAACAAUAAAGAAAUAAUCAGGUUAUAUUUUUAAUAUUCAAGUUGUUCAAAAUGUGAGUUCUGCACAUUGGGCACACUGUGAUUUUUUGUGAACAUUUUGAACAGCAACACAAGUGUCCACAUGGAAUAAAUAAAACAUCAAACUGAAAAACAAAAAUUAACUCGUAUUGUUAUAAGUUAUAAUAAACAGUACAAAUUGUGAUGUAUUGUUUAUAAAUUAUUGUUAUCUAAAUAAGUUUUGUACUGUUGUAAAUAAAUAAUAACAAUAUUAUGUAAUAAUUAUUUAAAAAUACAAUUAAAAAUGAUUAUAUUAAUUUAAAUAGAAUGUAGUUU